AUGCAUAUGUGGCACCUUCAUGGCCCGGAGUCAGAAGGGUUUUCCGAGCUUGAUGAUGAAGCUGCUUUGUCUGCAGAGCGAGUACAGUCGAUCAUAGCUGGGCAGGGAUUGCUAUUCACUCCCCUCAAUGAGGGAUCGUUUGUUGAAGAGGUUUUCUCUGAAAAAGGCCCAAAAUCUCACAAUGGCUACCUUUUUGGGGCGAAAAUUGGUGAAGGAUCGUAUGCUAAAGUUAAGGAAAUUGUGGACGAAACCACUUUGGUACGUCGUGCCGUGAAAAUUAUCAAGCAUAGUCGAUUGCGGAAGAUCCAGAAUGGACAAGAGAAUGUUGAGCGAGAAUUGCGAAUUCUCAACAAAGUUAAGCAUGAGAACGUCAUUCGGUUGAUAGAAGUGCGUUAA